CCACUCUUGCACACACACACAAACAUCAAACUCUCGCUGCUCCUUCACGGCAACCACACCAAGAAAAACCAGAGAGAAAUCUUAGGAGAGAGAAACCUCAAAACUGAAAGUUUCUUCUUGCUUAUUAAUGGCGGCAGCGCCAGUGAAAUCACCUCUACACAAUUUCCCCUUAACAUUUCUCAAAUGGGGCUCCAAAAAAGAUCAUCGAUGUCGCCGCUCACCAUACGACACUCCUUCUCCUCCUCCUCCUCCGCCGCCUGACGCCGAACCUUCCCACUCUAAAGGAUCUCGGUCUUCUCGAAACCGUCGCAACAACAACCACAACCAAAAUCAUCCGCCGACGCCGCCACCACUACUACCAACAACUACUACAACAACUGCGCCUGAUGAUGAUGAUGAGGAGAGAGAUUGUGGGAAGAAGCGGGAAGUUGCAGAAGAAGGUGACGGUGGAGAAGAUGGUAGUGAGAAAGGAUGGAAUCUACGGCCCAGAAGAGCUGCCGCUAUGAAAGGGACUUCUUCAACAACAACUAACACUAACUAUAAUAUUCAUACUCCUACAAUGGUCGACGGUGCAGGUGAUAAUUUGCCGAAAUCGAUGAGGUUGCGCGGGUCGGAGACGCAAGUUUACGGCGGUACUUACGGCGGCGGAGGAAGUGAGAGGAGGGAGACUAAGAGGUUUUGGAUCUCUUUGUCGAGGGAUGAAAUUGAAGAAGAUAUUUACUCUAUGACUCAUUCUAAGCCUUCUCGUCGCCCUAAGAAGCGCCCUAAAAAUGUUCAGAAGCAAGUAGAUAAUGUGUUUCCAGGGUUAUGGAUGGUUGGGUUUUCGCCGGAAUCUUAUCGUGGUAUUGAUGUUCUGCCAAAGAGGUAGAUGUGAACAAUAGUGCAAUUUUUUGCUGAAUUUCUGGGUAUUUUGGGGGUACAAGGUGCAUAGUAUUGGGAUGACCUAAUGGAACUGUGAAUUUUUUGAAAGCUUGCCGGUCGUCGUGUCCAGCCUCGAUUCAGAGGUAUAGUUCUCUGUAAAGAUGGUGGUUUGGGAUAUAGGGCUAUAUAGAAGAAGGAUGUCUAUUGACUUUUUGGCUUAACAUGUUUUGGUAUAAAUAGUGGAUUAGGACCGGGGCAAGGGCAAGCAAAGGGGUAAGGACAUUAAGGUAGUAAUUUUAUUUUAGAUUAGCUUUUCGUGAUCUUUUGGGUGGUUGCAAGAUGUAAUCAUGGAUCUUUGAUUUUAUGAUGAAAUGAUAGUGAUUAUAUCAA